GACACGUCACUUCAGGCCAUCGGAGGAUAUAGGCGACACGACCGUCCGAGUCUGCAGUGCCUGCAGUUGAAGUGAACUGAGCUCCUGCUCCGACGACUGAGCGAGCGACCGAGUGGAAGAGAGGGUGGCAAUGGGGAGGGAGGUCUCAGAGAGCUGCGUGGAGAGCCUUCUCAUCGAGAUGGUCUCUUCGUACUGCAACCGCUUCUACGCCGACAAGCCGGAGCUUGCCGCCCGGAGAAUCGAGGCCAUCGGCUAUCAGGUCGGGCACCAGCUCUCCGAGAGAUAUACGAUGGAACGGCCUCGGUUCAUUGAUCACUUGGAAGCAAUCAAGUUCAUAUGCAAGGACUUCUGGUCAGAGAUCUUCAAGAAGCAGAUAGACAAUCUGAAGACUAACCACAGAGGAACUUUUGUGUUGCAAGAUAAUCGCUUCCGCUGGCUUUCACGCAUGUCGAUCGAGUCGUCACCUGAGACGACGGGUUCAUCGCAAGAUGGUGAGGACAAGGCAGCACAAGCAAUGAGUAUGCACCUCUAUUUUCCGUGUGGAAUCAUAAGGGGAGCUCUUUCAAACUUGGGGAUUCCUUGUGCAGUUUCUGCAGAUAUAUCACACCUUCCUGCUUGUUCAUUUGUGAUUCGCAUAAAGGCCUGAUAGACUGGUCCCAGGAAGUCGAAGAUUGGGAGUCGACUGGAGUCUGGCCAGGCAUAACAGGGGAUGCCUUCUCCAAAUUCGUAUUUACAUGUAUAAUGCAUACAACCAGGAAAAUUCACAUGUUGAAUACUCAAAUGCUCUCGAUAGCAGAUGCUAAUGGUUAUGGGUUCAUCGAUUUGUUCCAGCAACGAGAUUGUCUCUGAUAUGCCUCUGCAGGCAGGAGAUUAGGCUUGUGAAGUUAAACUUGUUUUCGCUUGAUGGAAUUUGAAGCGUAUGAAGUACUUUCACUUUCUACUCUUAUGGGUACGCAUAUCUUUCAAAUGAGGGGUGAUUUAUUGCGCUCGUUUCAGGUGUUUAAAAUGCAUACUUUGAUGUGAAUAUUAGCCUCCAGUAUAUGUCUGUCUAUCUUAGUUAUGAAAUGCAGUAAUCUUGUAUC